GACAGAGAGGCGCCACACACUCAUCCAAUGACUCGUGGCCGUUCGUAGUAUUUCCUUUUAUUUAGGUGAGUUGCAGAUCAGCCAAAUCGUGGAAGUGUGUUGAAAACAUUGGCAAAGUUUCUCUUUCCUUCGCCUGGCUUACUGUAAUCGCUUAGUGUGAUCCCACAACAUGGCUUCUUUAAGGGAUCGAGCAUUUUGACAUUUAAAAACACGACAAAGUCCGAUGCAGCUAUUCGCCGUGUUUCAAGCUGUUGGCUGUCAACUUGUGCUGUAGCUGCAACAGCUUUCAUCGACUCUUUUUCUUCGUUUGGGCUGGAAACAACUAUUGCGGGAUAGUGAAAAUAAUAAGAAGGCGUGGGCGUUUGAACCAUGACCACUGAAGUUGCGAGCGACUUGGACGUGACAAUCGGUUGUUUGGGCGAAGGGAACCAAAACAAGUCGGACGCGGAUCGACCCGAGCAAGCUGACCGAACCACGAGCCACGAGGAGGGGCAGCAGGAUCCUCCUCAGGGCGACACUAAACAUCCAAAACAGGGGGUCAUGGAGAGCAAAGCGGAUGGCUUGAGCACGGACAGCACGAACGACAAGGAGAACGAGCAGAAUGCAUCAAGCCACGAAGCAGAAACUGCCAAGAAGAAAGUGGUCGAGGCUCCUCCGCCGAAAGUCAACCCCUGGACGAAAAGGAACUCGUGCCCUCCUAAUAAUACCAACAACAGCUCGCAACAAACAGAACCCCAGAGUCCUGCCAAAGUUGUCCGUGCCAGCAAACCCAGAUCAAGGAAGACCAGUAAGUCAAGCGACUUCAGUGACAUCACAAACUGGCCCACCCCAGGAGAGCUGGCCAAUAAGGAGCAGCAGCAGAAUGUGAUCAACACACAGGGGAGGAAAGGGACGUCCGGACGGAGGGAGAGGAAGAAGGAUCAUGGGGGAGAGAAGAGGGAUAAGGAGAGUGGAAGUGAUGGGAGUGACAGUAAGGAGAACAGGGAGGCGCAGUCCAAUUCAAUCACGGGACUUUCGAACGAGCAGGAGGCAGAAGAUGGAGAGGAAACACACAGCAGCGCCCCCCGCAGGAGAGGAGGCUGGAGAAGAGAGAGAGAUUUCUUUGAUGACACAGCGAGUGUUCGCAGUGAGGGCAGUAAUGUCCGCGGAGGCCUCAGGGGCAGGGGCAAAGGUCGUGGACGGGGCAGAGGUCGUGGACGAGGUCGGGGUGAUUACUCCCUCAGUUACCGGGACUCUUACCUAGAUGGGAAUUCAGUUCCAGCAGAGUUCGGUACUAACAUGGUCUAUUACUACAAUGACGGUAAUCGCGUGCAGAUGUAUACCAUUGAGGAGAAUUUGCUCAAAGAAUACAUCAAACGCCAAAUUGAAUACUACUUCAGUCUCCCAAACCUGGAGCGUGACUUUUUCCUGCGGAGAAGGAUGGACUCGAAAGGCUUUUUGCCCAUUUCUCUGAUCGCCAGUUUCCACAGAGUCCAGGCCCUCACCACUGACAUCAACCUUAUUAAAGAGGCGCUGAAGAACAGUGAGGUUGUGGAGCUGGUGGAUGAGCAGAUUCGUAGGAAAGAGGAGCCGGAGCAGUGGCCCAUCCCGGCACUCGCUCUCGACUCCCCGCGCACCGAUUUCUCCCAGCUCAUCAACUGCCCAGAGUUCGUCCCGGGACAGACGUUUACCUCCCUCAGCACAGUGUCGUCCUCUCCAGUUAAUCAGCACAUGGAUGAACCCUCUCUAGUGAAUGGCCAAACCAGCGAUGAGACAGAUACAGCCAAACCUCAGUCCAAAGAAUCGUCCCCUUCAGACUCAAAGAGCAGCUCUGGUGAGGAUGGGAGUAAUCUUAAAGAGCGCUCCAGCAGUCUCUCUGAUCCAGAUGCACAGCCGUGGAUACAGGUGGAGAAACGACACAGAAACACAUCUGGGAAAAAUAAGACUUCAGUAACUCCUCUCCCUCCUAGCCCUCCUUCCUCUCCUCCUCCUCCUCCACCUCCUUCUCCUCCUCCUCCUAUUCCCCGUCUUGAGUUCUUCCCAUCUGCAGAGCGCACAGAAUUGGUUCAGUCCACCCCAAAGCCUCAGCCUGAAGCCGACCAGGAGGAGCUGGACUUCCUGUUUGAUGAGGAAAUGGAGCAGCUUGCUGCACCUCGCAAGAACACUUUCACUGAUUGGUCAGAUGACGAUUCUGAUGACGAACUUGACGACAGAGAUGUGAACAAGAUCCUGAUUGUUACUCAGACGCCUCCUCACCUCCGCAAACACCCUGGUGGUGAUCGGACGGGCAACCAUGUGUCGCGUGCCAAAAUUACAGCCGACCUCGCCAAAGCCAUUAAUGAUGGACUGUUCUACUAUGAGCAGGAUCUCUGGACGAAAGAAGAAGGGCCGCCAGAGUGUGCCAAUGCCAAGGAAAUGGAAAACUUUAAAAAGCUCAACAUGAUCAGCCAAGAUGAGUUUGAAACUCUGACCCCUAAACUUCCCAUUGACCCAAACCAAGAGGUCCCGCCUCCUCCACCAUGUCAAACAGAUGAUUCUAGCAUGGCUCAUUCUCUCCCUGCGGAUGUCCCAGAAUCAUCCAGUGUGCCUAGAACCCCACGUACACCUCGUACACCUGGAAGACAAGAUCCCACCAAAACCCCACGGUUCUACCCUGUCAUUAAAGAAGACAGCGGCAACCUUGAUGGAAAGACCCCCAGAAAGAGAAAAACCCGGCACAGUUCUAACCCUCCUCUGGAGUGCCAUGUCGGCUGGGUGAUGGACUCACGGGAGCACAGGCCUCGCACUUCCUCCAUCAGCAGUUCAAAUGCGUCUCCGUCUGAGGGAGCCCCGGCGCUGUCCGGCAGUUACGGCUGCACCCCGCAGUCCCUCCCCAAGUUCUGGCAUCCUUCCCAUGAGCUUUUGAGAGAAAACGGCUUCACCCAGCAAGUUUACCACAAAUACCGCAGGCGAUGCCUCAAUGAGAGGAAGCGGUUAGGUGUGGGUCAGUCUCAGGAGAUGAACACCCUCUUCAGAUUCUGGUCCUUCUUCCUCAGAGACAACUUCAACAGGAAGAUGUACGAGGAGUUCAGGCAGUUUGCUGUUGAGGAUUCCAAGGAGAACUAUAGGUAUGGACUGGAGUGUUUGUUCCGAUUUUACAGUUAUGGACUCGAGAGGAGAUUCAGACCGGACAUCUUCAAGGACUUCCAGGAGGAGACCGUUCAAGAUUAUGAGAAAGGUCAACUAUAUGGACUGGAGAAAUUCUGGGCUUUCCUGAAAUACUCAAAGGUGAAGAAUCAGGACAUUGAUCCCAAACUCAAGGAGUACCUCAGCAAAUUUAAGAGCAUUGAUGAUUUCAGAGUAGAACCACCAAUGGCAGAGGAAGGGAUGAGGAGGAAAGCACACUCCUCCGCUGGAGAUGAGGUGAAACGUAGACGACACAACUCGACUUCAUCAUCGAAACAGACCCAAAUCACCAAGACCUCCUCAGACAAUCAGACGACCGCAAAAACAGCCCAUGAUCAGGCUGGUGCCUCAGCGGCAACCAAAUCCACCAAUCAGCCAGCUGCCAAGGCAGCCUCAGCCAAUCAGAAACCAGCACCUCUGACCGCCAAGAGCAGCUCAGCCAAUGAGCAGCCUGCAAAAGCCCCACCCAAAGAGAAUGUGAAGAAGAAUACCUCAUCAGAUGCUCGCAAAGCGGAGGCAGCAACGAGCAAAAACAAAGAAGCCCAACAGCCAAAGAAAUGAAGCCCUUACCACACUAUAUACAGUAUUUGAAUGCGAUACUCUCGAGCUGUGAAAGAUUUUUGAAUGCUGGUGCAGGCUUACCUUUUACACCCAAAACCUCGGAAGUGAGCCAGUCAAAACCGUUAAAGCAAAGACCAACUGUCAGUCCGUUGCAUUCACAAAGCAAAGAGUAAACCAGAAGUGUCUUUGUGUUGUACAAAACGCUAGGUUGACUUCCAUAAUCGUCUUCUUUUCUUUCGUCUCUUCUGCAUUUAGUAGUUAGCAUUCAGAAUCAAGUACGCAUGGCCAGCUCGUUUUGCUGUAAAGUUUACAGAAGAUGCAUUCCUCCAUCGAAUGCAGUUUUAUUUCCUUUUAAUAUUCGUUUUACUUUUUUCAAAAGCCUUACAUUUCAAAAACAAAAAAAAUAUAUCUAUAUUUUACAUCUCUUUCAUCAGCAUAAUGAAUCAUUUCUUGGUUUUUAAGUGUUUUUAAUUUGUGUCUGUCCUGCACAACAUACAUAUUUAGUAUGUUUAUUUUAAGCAGCUCAUUAAAUAAACAAACAAACAAAAAAAUUAACUUGAACUUGAGGUUGCACCAGAUAACACACUAUAUAGCUUAUUGCAUUUUUGUUGUUGUUGUUGCUCUUUUAGCUUGUGUAGGAAAUAGGACAGGGGUGAAAUACUAAGUUCUUUAUGCUUUUAUGAUUAGCUGAGUGUCUGAGCUGAAUAUCAGAGAAGUACGUAGAUAUCAGGCCGAAGUCGAGGGAUUGUAAAAAGUGUUAUCAUCAUCAUUAUCUUCAUCAUCAUGAUGUUCCUGCUUUUAAACCAAUGUUGUGCCGUUCACGUUGCGGAAGUGGUGCUUACAAAGAUCUCCUGUUUAGGUGAUGAAGAGACAACAUCUUCAACCUUCUUAUUUUUAUUAUAUUAAUUUUGACUUAAAUUAGAAAACAUCUGUGUACUUGAAGUUUCUGAGAAAUGUUAUCUUUUUCGAGAGGAAUUAUUCUUCCUUUUAAAUUUUGAAUCCUAUUGGAGUUGAGCUUGAGAUAAUUUAUUGUUUUACUCUCUUUUGACAGCUUAAUUGAUUAUAAUCUUUUUUCUAUUGAUUUUACUGAGAGAGAGAAAGUGCAGAUGACUGCAAACGUGGAGGCCCAUCCAAUACUUUUAUUUCAUUCUAUUUUUCUUUUGCAGGUUGGCUGAUGAUAUUAAAUCAGUGUUUUUGCUCACUUGUGAUCAUAAAUCAGACACUGAAAUGAUGUCCCGAUUGUAUCAUAUUUACUUUUGAAAAAACUGUACAUAAAAAUAUUAGAUGCAGCUCUCUAAUUUUAAUCAAUUCAUUUUUAUUGAUUUUCAUUUUAUUGUGAUAUUUUUGUUUUGUGUGCGCUUGUGUGUUGGUAUGCAUGUCGGUUUAAUUUUUCUUUCAUCAUAAAUUGUAAAAUGUAAAAAAAUCAUAAAAUAUAUUAAAAUCUGUUUAUAAAAACCCAAAA